UUCUGGGCCUGAGAGACAAGAAAGCGGUACAGAGUCAAGAAACGAAUCAGGGUCAGAGGAUGGAAAGACAGUGGGAGGGGAGAAUAGAUCUGAGUAAAAUUGAAAAAAGCUACUGUUAAUUUCCUGUGGGUCAGUGGUGAGAGCUCCGUCCUUGGUUCUAAUAGAAGAAAUUGUGGAGAAAGAGUCACAUUGCCGGAGCCUGAGAGCCAACAACUUACUGGGCCUAGCACCUGAAACAUAAUAUCGUGACCUAGUGCGAUGAACCAUAAACUCAGCGCGGUGUGACAGAAGGACAUUUAGCUCCGCCCUGGUGUUUAAAAUGAGGGUCUCAUGAUCCGGAUCAACCACUACAGGACGAGCACUCUCUAAGUGAGCUAGCCGCCUUUCGAGAUCACAGAUCUUCCGGUGACGUUCGCGAGCCAGGCCACUGGCAAAAGCAACCAUGGCAUCGCGGAGAAAGCCCUUUAUUGCCAUCCAGCAGUUGACUGGGUCAUCAGUUGAGCCUGUAUUAAUUGAAAUAAAUUCUUCAAGUCUAGGAGUCAGAUAGGCUAUAUAUUUAGAGUUUUGAAGCAAAGAAGUGUUGAGCUUCCAUCGUGGGGCCCGAGGAGAGAGAGAAGGUAGAGCUAAGUGGAGGAGAGCACAUUUGUGGUCAGAUAAAGAGGAAGAAAUCAGAGAAGCAUUAGAAACAGCAGAGGCAAGAGAGCAAGAAACAAAGAUGUAGUCUAUGCGAGACUGGGAUUUGAAGCGAGGUGAGAAGAAGGAAAAUUCUCUGGCGGAGGGGUUAAUUAGGCGGAAUGAGUCGACCAAAUUCAAGUCCUCCACGAAUUUACACAGGGAACGUGUGGAGGGAGGCACCCAGCUACCCGCGAGAGAGGGAGAUUUAUCAAGGACAGGGUUGUGGACAGCGUUAGCAUCAGUUCCAAUAACAAGGUCAAAUUCCUGAAAUUUAAGAAGGUGGUCAGAAAGAUCCCGAAAGAAUGAGGCGCGUGGGGGAGUGGGAGCGUAUGCGGCAACAAAGCAGACCUUCCUACCCCCCAGGUCAGAGAGGGCAUAACAGUACCUACCAUCAGCAUCCCCCCCAGAGUUAAGAAUAUGAAUCUGAAGGGACCGCUUGACUAAUAUGGCUACUCCACAUCUACGUGAGGAAGCUGAUGAAGUGGAGAUAAACCUGUAGAACCUGGAGGCCGCCCGCAGUGCAUCUUGAUGGAGUAGAUCCUUCCCAGGACUGUUUGGGAAAAAAAUGACAGGGAAAAAGAGACAAAAUUCUGCUUUUAAUGACUUGAAAAGUCAAUCCAGUCAAGUGUUUUCCAGUACAGUUUUACCUGGUUAACAAAUAUAUGGAGAAGACACCAAAAACAUCGGAUGAAUUAAAACUUCUACAGGCCAGGAUGGGUCGGAGGACCAUCAGUAUCCCAGAGGCUGCUGACCAUUCAUGGACUGAAGAUUUUCAGCAGUCCCCAGAUAAGAAUCCUGCCAUGGAUGUAAUCCUGGAAAACUCCCUGGCCCAUACUCCUACUAUUAACUUGUCUGUGACAGUAAGUCUGUCACAAAAUGCAAAUAUAAAGUCAGACAUCUGUUCCAAAUUAGUUGGCCUAUCCACCCACCAGCCCAUCCAACACUUUGGUCCACAGCAACAUGUACUCAAACCUGUUGGUUGGAUUGUCACAAAAUUUGGCACAUUUGAACAUCUCUGCACAGCCUGUCCCAUUUGUGAGCAAAUUUGUCCCAGUGACUUUCUGGAAGUCCAUGCAAGCUUCUGUGGUGAAAGCGUUGCUGAUGUUGUCAAAAGCCGUACUGAAAGGGUGGAUGAAAAUGGCAUAUUCAGCAUUUGUGUUGCAAGGGAUCAAAUGCUUGAAAGGGGCAUAAAACAAUGGCAGCGCCAGAAAAAAUCUUCGCCUAAAAAUCCCCUCAGAGUUUCUCUUAUUGGAAAGGCUGGCAUUGACAAUGGAGCCCUGAGGAAGGAAUUUUUAACUGAAAUGAUGGCAGGAAUAAAUCAGCGAUUCUUUGAGGGAGGGGAUAAUGGCAAAAACCCCAAGUAUUCAAUGACAGACCUGGACAAACACAACUUCAAGACUGUUGGAGAGAUAUUUGCUGUCAGUAUUGCACAGGGUGGACCACCUCCAAACUUUUUAAUGCAGUGGUGCUACAACUACAUAUCCACUGGAGAAAUGGAUCAGGAAGCAAUAAGUGAAAGGGAUGUUACAGACCCUGAACUAAUAGAACUAAUAAAAGAGAUUGAGGCAGCUGACAAUACAACCCUAACGGAGUUCACAGACAGGACUUUGUCCUGUGGAUACACAGGGGCAGUGUCCACCCAAAGAAAAGAAGACAUUGUACGCUCAGUAGUCCUACACUCCAAAGUGAGGUUACUUCCCAUGCUCCAACAAAUCUGCUCAGGAAUGAAACUGUAUGGUCUCCUCAGCUUGGUCCAGCAAGAAACUGACAUCUGCAGACAGCUGUUUGUUCCCGGAUCUUUUUCCAAGAAGAAGAGGGAGAACAUAACAGAGAAGACAUGCCUGAAGAGAUCAAGAGUGAGGAUGAAGAUGUCAUCAAGGCAGAAAGACAUACCAACCACAUGAACAUUACUGUAGGCAAGUUCUGCCAGUGGCUGACAGGACAGGAUCAUAUCCCACUAAGUCAUUCAGAUAGGGAAGGUUUUAGAAUUGUCAUAGAAUUUGACUGCCAGGUGCGUUAUGGGACACAUCACAGCAUAUGCUAUCCUGUAGUCAAUGCAUGCUCAUGCUCAGUCACAUUUCCAAUAGCACACCUGAGUACAUACAUAGAAUUCAAAAAUAUUAUCUCACAGGCGAUUGUCCAUGGCUAUGAAUUUGGCCGCUGUUAGGAACUGAAUGUUCCGGCUCACUUUUUGUCUUAUUGGUCAGGUCUGUUCUAAAGACAUUACACUUGACAAGUACAAAGAUUUAAAAAUGAAGCUGAAAUUGAUUGCAAAGUUAGAGCACAAUAUUAAGUACAGGAUGUAUGAUGUCAUAAACAAAACCUUGGAGUUUUUAGUAGCACUUUAUUAUGAUUAUUAUGUAUAUACAGUUUCAAUGCAUUUUCAGUAAUGUUUCUGUUGUUUUUCAU